AUGAGAAUAGACACAUUUUGUGUCUCCGCUUUUGCUUCUAUACAUUCUCCUUUUCCUAACCCUAAGGGUGCAGUUUUGCAAGAUUGGAAACUUCGGAAGCACGCGUUGAGCUUGAGGCUCACGCCGUUUCCUUGGACUUCGAGUUGCAGGAAGAAGAGGACGACUUUCAUAUGUGCAGCCAAUCAAGAAGCUGAGGAUGCUUUUAAGAAGACUGUUGAAAUUGAUAGGCUCAUAGAUAUGCUCAGAGAUGCUAAUCCUCGCGAACUUCAGAAACUUGUUGUUGAAAACAUUCUUGCUUUCAAUCCAAGCUUUUGGGUUCGUCUAGCGGCGAGGACUGAUACUUGCAAGUCCGAGGAUGAUAAAAAAGAUUAUGAAGAAUUGGCUGCAUCGGUCAUGAGUGUGGUGGAUUGUGUGGUGCAUAAGACUAAUGAGAAGAUAGAGUCUUCCACGGAUGUCUUGAAAGGAGUACUAAAACCUGUUAUAGAUGAGGAAGGAGAGAUUCCAUGGCCUCCCAGAGAUCCCCAGGCCGUAACGUUGAUGGAAAAGGUGUGUACUGAAAUAAGUCAAAGGGAACAAGAAGGACAACUGGAUGAAGGGUUCCUUGCUGAAGUUAAUGCACAGCUACGACAAGCAAAGGAAGAUGGUGAUAAGCCUGGACUGGAGGCUAUGUUGCGAAAGGUCUUGCAGCUCUAUGCUUCCAAAGUUCUCUCAAAACGUAGUUAUGCCAUUAAAGCACCUGAACAAGAAUGGAACAAUAUCUUGAUCAAUGGAUUGACAAUUGGUGCUGGGGAUAUUUCAGCCGAGGAGCUCUUCGCUGUCUUAAAAAAACGAAGAGAACGCGUUUUGAUUCGAACUGUGAGACAAAGCAAUGUUUUUAUUCAUGUGGUUAUUGUUCCUUUGCAAGUCCUCUACGUAACUUAUGUUGUUCCUUUGAUUUAUCCAUGUUCUUUCUCCUCACUGCGUGCUGCUCAAAAACAAAGGAGGGAGGCUCUUACCGACAGCGGGUUCUGA